AUGGUGGAUAGGCAAAUGAAAAAUGGCUCUGCAGCAUUUUCGUGGGCAGAUGAGGUAGAGAAAGAAGAGGAAGAACAAGCUCGAUUCCAGGAGCAGCAGAAGCAGAAAUCAAACCGUUUUGGCUCUGCCAGACCCAGAGAAGUUGUUUUCCAGGAAAAAGGAAUUGAUUGGAGAAAACUCGACUUCCAUCUUCAACAACCUUCUCACAUGAGGCAUCUGGAUGAUCCGAAGCUAUGCAAGGAAAAUAUUUCUGCCUCUGCUGCUCCAGGCAUCGACAGGAUGCAUUCACUUACCCCAAGCAAGUGCCUAAAACACGAGGCCCAAGAUGCAAAUUCGGAGUUAGAAAGAAGUGAAAUUGCGCUGGUACCUUUGGCUACGCGGAACCAGAUUGCUGUACUAUUCGUACCUCCUCUAAGAUAUCCACCUAAAAAUGUCAUCCCUAGUUUGUCUGAGUCUGGAUUUCAUUAUUACCUGCAUAAAUUGGACAAAGGGCAGCAAGGUUUUCAAAGCAAGAGGCCACCGAAGCAUGAGAAAGAGAAUACAUUUCAUCAUCAAGGGCCUAGAAGGGUUCACUGCUCUCAGAAUUUGAAUCCCGCAAGUCACAUUCGUCCUCAACAUCAUCGGCAAAUAUUGCAAGCUGUGCAAAGGUGCCAGUUGAAGGAGAAUUGCAUAAAUUUCAAACUGGGGCAAUCAGUUGGUAAUGGAAAGAACUUGAAGAAAUCAGCAGCUCGUAGAAUACAGCAAGUUUCUGAUUCAGCAACUGAGAGAGACCUUGCAAAAACCUUCAAGAAGAUUAAGCGGGCAGAGUUUGACAAAACCACUCUUGUGCAGGAGGUAACCAGCGGCUGGCUUUAG